AUGGGCCUUUUCGGCCUCUCCCGAGCGCUCUUCACCUUUGGCUCAAUAGUGCAGCUGGUCAGCGCUCACUUUAGGCUGCUCAAUCCUCCCACGAUCGGCUUGAAUGACGACUCGCAAAACAAGGCCCCAUGCGGGGGAUACUUUCCUGACUUCACGGCGGUCAACCUAAGCAACUUCCACACCAAUGGCGAGCCCGUCGCCGUCUAUCUCGGCCAUACUCAGGCGAACUGGCUAUUUCGUGCGAUGUACAUAUUGGAUGAGGCUUUCAACAACACAAACCCCGACUCGCAGGUUUGGGAUGCAGAGAAUUGGGAGCAGUUGUAUCCCGUUGUGCAGCAGACUGGGGCAGAGAACUUCUGCAUACCCAAUGUGACAGCCCCGUACAAUUGGUCUGGCCAGAAGGGUAUUAUCAGUGUGGUGUCUGAUGGGCCGGAUGGGCUGAUGUUCCAGUGUGUCGCCGUGAACUUCGUGUCUGGGACUAGUCCAGGCUCUAGUGAUUGCCACAAUGGGACAUACAGCAAGGUCGUCGAGGGCGAGUUUACUCAAGACACGGACCUAGAGGCGCUCGUCAGGGUUUCGAACCUAUGCAUACCACCCGGUAAACAGGGCGGCAAGGACCAGCCUGGUCUGCGGUAUCCUACAAACGGCAAGACCAUCUAUCACCGUCCUUUAAAUCGCACCAAGACGGCAGAGCUCAGCCAGUCGAGCUUCGCAUACCUCUUCUCCGAGAUGGUCAGCUAUGCACAACGGCAUAUCACAAGCAUUCAGGACCUAGAAAAGAAACUCAACAUACAAGGCCACCCCAUCGGCGUCAAGCUCCUCGACCUACUCCUCUACCGCGAGCCGGCGCGGUCACAGACCCGGCCGCUCAACAUCAUUGCGCUGCUACACUUCAUCAAGAUCAACGCGUGGCAGCACCUAUUCGGGCGGCAGGCCGACCGGCUCGAGAAGAGCAGCAACCCGGACACGCCCGACGAGUACAUGAUCAUCGACAACGAGCCCCUCGUCAACCAGUACAUCAGCGUGCCCCGCGAGAUGAGCCAGCUCAACUGCGCCGCCUACGUCGCCGGCAUCAUCGAGGGCGUCUGCGACGGCGCCGGCUUCCCCGCUCGCGUCACCGCGCACAGCGUCGGCAGCAAGGAGGAGGGCGAGAUGUGGCCCGGCAAGACGGUCUUCCUGGUCAAGUUUGCGCCCGAGGUGCUGGAGCGGGAGAGCUUAAUAGGAAAGGCAUGA